CAUCUUCGCAAUGGAUCCAUUAAAGUUCUUCUUAAUUUAUCCUAAAAGUGCCGCAUUAUACUAAUGUCUUUGAACGCAUCAGUGUCCUUUAGCUGUCUGAGAAUUGAGCUGCUGUCACACUUGUGUACGCCUUGCAAACGAUACGUACAGUUAUUUAAAGGCUUUGCCAGAAUGGCACGUGGGCAUCAAAAACUGCAAUCCCAGCAGAAAAAUGCAAAGAAACAGGCAGAGAUGAAGAAGGCAAAGGGUCAUGACCAAAAGACAGCCGCCAAGGCAGCACUAGUGUUCACCUGCCUGGUGUGCCGGACCCAGAUGCCAGACCCCAAAACCUUCAAGCAACACUUUGAGAGCAAGCACCCGAAAUCCCCUCUGCCCCCCGAGUUAGAGGGAGUGGAGGCAUAAACGAUCACCCUGGAUACCAAACCCAUUCAAUACCCUGCACCAACUCUGCACUUGUCUCAGUCUGACAGCAAUGGAUGAAUUGAUAUAACCAACUAAAAUAGUUAGCUAUAUCUAGGCUUUAACGGGCCAGGUAACACAAUGCUUCCCCCUCCUAUCCAGUCCUCUUUCACUUGUGUUUAAAUAUCUUGCGGGGCUAAACUUAUAUACCGGUUUUAAUUUCAGAGCUACUGGAGAUCCAUGAACCUUUUGAAGUGUUGAUUGAACAUUUCUCCCUUCCUUCUCUAAGUUUUCCAGAACAAUCACUGCCCUGAUGUCUUGUGCACAUAGGAGUAUUUCUUGCUGCUAGCUCUUGUACCUCUAACUCAAGCUUCAAUUAAUUACAUUUUCUGAUAAACCUUUAAAAGAAAAAGACACAUGUUGUCAAGGCAUACAGUGUCUUCAAACAGAGCAUGGGAUUGGCUUGGGUGAAAAAAUUCAGAUUUUAAAUUUGCUGCAAUCAAGGCAAUGACAGAUGUGACCUUGUGUUUUUUUUUUUAAUUUGUGCUUCAAGUAUUGAAUCAAACUGAGGCUGUCUCAUAUCAGUUAUUCAAUAUGGAAUUCUUCCACGGCGCUGUCUGCCGUGUUAAACUGCAAUCUUUCAUCUAGCUAAUCAUAAUUUCAUGUUGAGUCAAAAAAAAUUGAAAUUUCACAGGAGGGUGUAAGCAACUUGUGUACACUUGGAUAUGAAUGAAUGCUCCAAUGAUGUAUAAUAACAUUUUAUUAAAUUUUACUUUGUUGUA